AAAGGGAGCGGCGGCCAUCAAAGGAGCCUCGAGACCCAAGCCAGCGCCGCAGUAUGCGGAGAUGGACUGUAAAAAAAUAUGUAGUCUAGAAAAACUCGAAUUUCAUUAACAACACUCUUCUUCUGUGGCUCUGUCUCUAGACUUAAAUUGACGAAAGACAAAAUGAGAACUUACUUGAGCCAAAAAGGCCUGAAGGCAGAAAAGAAGGACGGUCUUAGCAGACAUGUUGAUUCGGAAAACAAACCUUCAACAUGUCUCCUUUCGCUUUCUUGUUGCUCUGCAUCCAAGCUUGCUUGAUCCAGAAUGCGUACAGCGCAUGUCUUGGAGCCGGACUCGGUCUGGGCUUCGCUGACGGUUGGGCUGGUGAAUGUGGCCGCGGCUACGGACCUGGCUACGCCACUGAAUUCGGCUACGGACCCGGACUCGGACUUGGCUACGAAAACGGACUUGGGCUUGGCCUGGGUUACGGACUCGCUGGCCCUGCUGCCAUCGCUGGCCCAGCUUACGGAGGCACCGGUGUCGGUGACAUUGCCGUCGCUGGUGAGAUGGGCGUUGCCGGUACCACCGUCGUUGCUGGACAGGUCCCGAUUUUGGGCGCUGUCAGAUUCGGAGGUGAUGUGCCAGCUGGUGGUGUUGUCUCCAUCGCCGGCAGCUGCGCUGGAGGCUGCGGUUGCAACGGAGCUUACAACGGCGGUUACCUGUACUAA